CUUAAGUCAAGAAUCAAACAUGAAUUAGUUAUUUAAAAAUUGUUAAGACCAUUGGAAUUUUAUGUUUUGUUACAAUUUUGCUGAGCUAUGUUACAUAGUUAUGUUAUAUCGAUGAAAAAGUUAAAAGAUUUAUGUUGAAAUUGAUGAUCAUACGUAGUAUAUUGAAAAUGGUUUAAUAUUUUUUAAUGAAACGAACAAUUUAGAGAUUAAUUAAGCACUUCAAGACAUAAUAACCAGCCUUUCAGUAAUAGUAGGUUGACUAUGGUAGUUGAACACCUAACAAGUCGAAUCAUUUGAAAUACUUUAUUUACCAAACUAAGAACCAAUCGUUCCUUUAAGUGAUGAACCUUUAACUUUAGAUAAUAUCCUCCAUAAAAAUGUUUUUUGUAAACUUAUUCUGAAUUAUGUGAAAUAUAAAGAUCAGAUUAUGACAAUUGAAAGUGCGGAAAUUAGUAUUAUAGGGUAUGAGUAGGCAGAGAAGUUGGAAUCAGAAGGCAAUCUCCACCGAACGGCAGUCUUUGCCUUCGGCUCUGUUGAACAAGAUGUGCAAGGGAGUGGGUCUCUGUUGCAGCCUUCUGUCACUCGGCGCCUUCAUUUCCUGCUUUGUGGCCCUGCACAUGCUCAACAAGAUCAUCCACAUCCAGCUGGACGCCGUUGUGCAUGUGAGCAUUAAAUUGAAGGCCGAAGAAGACUCGGGCUUGCGCUGUCAAAAGACUCUGAUCGUGGACAAUCUGGAUGCACCUCAUCUGAGCUGGCUGGAACUCUUCUACAUGCGCUGGACAGUGGUGUUUACGCUGCUCUACUCCUUUGCUGCAACACUCCUCAUCCGGGCCAAAUACUUGGGCAACUUAGAUAUCAGCCGGGCCACCUCAAAUGCGAUGAUAUUGAUGGGGUCUCUGCUGUCGAUGGCCCUGCUGGUGGCUACCAUUGUGCUCCAUCAACGAGAGCCCUUCAUGGAUCUGUGGUGCAACCUCGUCAUCGUCUACCACCUGUACUACAUCGUCCUGACCACCGCUAUAUCAGUGCUUUUCUUCCUGGACCACUCCUUCCAAGAAAACCAGGAGCUGCCAGCUUUAAAGUACUAAGACAAACCAGUGAACCAGCUUAAGAUCUACCAUUUGUUUUUUAAUAUUAAAAAAAAUCUCUUUUAUUUUGAAAACAGAAUCCCAAUUAAACUCUUAACUUCUAUAUUAAAAAAUCUGUCUAAACAAACCGGUCAGCCAGUGUAAAAAUAAAAAAGGUUUUUAUUUUAAAAUUAUAAUCCCAAUCAAACCUUUAACAUCUUCAUAAACCAGGGUGUCUAUAAAGCCAGCCCAACUAUAGUAAACAAAAUGUUCCGUCUUAUCCCUUCUGCAGUUUAUUGACUACCUGACCAUUUUUUGUAGCCCCUACUCAUAAUCAUUUAAAAAAUAAAUAUUUAA